AUGGCUCUGACGCCAGGUCAGCGGGGACGGUAACUGCCUCCGGCUGUCGCCGCGGGGGACUCAGAGCUGCCCAAGGGAGGGUGGGCUGGACAUGAGCCUUGCCGCCGCGCUCCGAGUAGCGGCCGGAGACUGAGCCACAAAGAAGUUUCCUCGGCGGCAGCGCGGCGCUCCCCCAUGCACGCCCCUGGCCGCCGGCCCUGGGGCGCUGCCCGGCAGGCACCCCGCGCGGAGCCCGCCAUGGAGCCGCGCGCGGGGCUCCACAGCAGCCCGGACCUGAGCCGCGGCAAGCGGCUGAGCGUGGGGGAGCUCUGCUCCCUCUUCGAGGCUCGCGUCGCUGCCGUCGCUGCCGCCGCCGCCCGGCAGCUGCCCGACCCGGCGAAGAGGGGCUGCCGGCCCCCCAACGGGGUGCUGCGGCCCGUCAUCCCCCGGCUCACUGUCACCACCGAGGAGAGCGAGGAGACGCAGGGCAGCCCCCAGGCGCAGCCGCCGCGCCCGGAGAGCGGCUGCCUGAGGACGGACAGCUCGCUGCACCUGCAGUCCCGCAGGCUUUCCACCUCUUCGCUCUCCUCCACGGGCUCCUCGUCUCUCCUGGAAGACUCGGAGGACGACGUGCUGAGCGACACGGAGGGCAGGAGCCAAGGCAUUGUGCACCUGGAACAUGGCGAGGACACCAACCAGUCUCCUUUAUCAAAUCUUCAAAAUAAAAAAAUUCCAGGCAUUAACCAGCAGAAAAAGGCAUGGCAUACCAUUAAAACCAUGGUUAACUUGCCAGUCAUCAGCCCCUUCAAGAAACGCUACUCAUGGGUGCAGCUGGCUGGGCAUACAGGGAGUUUCAAGGCAGCUGACAGUGGAAAGAUCCUGAAGCGGCUCUCGGAGAACGAGAAGGAGUGCUUUGAGCGCUUGAUGCAGGACCCGCUGCGCGCCUGCGUCCCUCGCUUCCACGGCGUGGUGGAGAGGGAUGGCGAGAGCUACAUCCAGCUGGAUGAUCUGCUUACUGAUUUUGAAGGGCCCUCUGUGAUGGACUGCAAGAUGGGGAUCAGGACGUACCUGGAAGAAGAGUUGGCUAAGGCCCGGGAGAAACCAAAGCUGCGUAAGGACAUGUACAAGAAAAUGAUUGAGGUGGAUCCUCUUGCUCCCACAGCUGAAGAGAACGCCCAGCAUGCUGUCACCAAACCCCGAUACAUGCAGUGGAGGGAAACCAUCAGCUCCAGCGCCAACCUGGGCUUCAGGAUUGAGGGGAUUAAGAAGGCAGAUGGGACGUGCAACACAAACUUCAAAACUACAAAGACACAGGAGCAAGUUCUACAGGUUUUUGUGGAGUUCAUUGAGGGCAACACAACUAUUCUGAACAAAUACCUGAAGCGUCUGCAGGAAAUUCAUAUCAUUCUUCAGUCCUCAGACUUCUUCAAGCGACAUGAGGUUGUUGGAAGCUCACUACUCUUUGUACACGAUGGCACUGGGAAUGCCAAUGUGUGGCUGAUCGAUUUUGGAAAGACCACCCUUCUCCCUGAUGGGCAGACACUGGAUCACAGGAUCCCCUGGCAAGAAGGCAACAGGGAGGAUGGGUACUUGCUGGGCUUGGACAAUUUGAUCAGCAUCUUGGAAAGCAUCACUGAAAGAUGAGUUGAGAACAGCAUAAAACUUCUCUGUAACUUUCUGCUCUACUGGGAUCGCUCAGUUGGAAGGAAACCUUUAACUCCCUCCAGACUCCUGAGGUCAUCAGAGCAGAGGGAGCUGCAUCCAGAACUCAGCACUUAGUGAACAAAAUGACUUUGCAUUGGCCCUCUCUGAACUUCAGUAACUCCAGAUUGGUCUGUAUUGUGCCAGCCUAACUUCAGACCGGUUCUCAGAGAACGAAGAUCUCCAUACUCAGGAAUCACACCAGCAUGAGUGAAGAGGUCUGUGUAGUAAACCAGAAUGAUU